UGGUGCACAGAUCAUGCUGAACUUUUUGUACGCCGUUCUAUUUAUUAUUCUCGGUUAUCUAGUUUUAACAUGGCUAGUACCAAAAUUGAUUGGAGUCGUGCUGAAAAAGCUGUACAACAUAGAAAUCAACGUCGGGCGCAUCACCUUACCCUUCUUGAUACGCGAUGUAACUGUGUGCAAGGGAGGCUUUUCGGUGCAGAUUGAUGAGAUUACGCUGCAAAGUAGUUUCGUCAAUUCGGACGUUUCAAAGCUGCUGUCAGUUAAUGUGCGCGAUGUACGCAUUAACAAGGACAUUAACAAAUCACCGGUCGGGAGUGGUGGUACCGGAAGUCCCACAACCGCACCUGGUGGUAGCAACGGUAGCCCAACAGGAGGACCGGGGAUCAACACGGAAUGGGGUGAAUAUCAUCAGACGAAGUCUAACGCGUCACGGAAACCGCUCGACUUUCGGGAGAAAAAGGUACCGCCCCGGCUGCUCAAGUGUGCCCAAUUUAUGGCGGUACACAUAAACAAUGUGUCGGUGGCGUUGUUAAACAGUGCCCAGGAACCGGGCUGGUUGCUUCAUGCCACUGCCAAAGAGCUGCAUCUGGACGGUAGUCUCGUGCACAGUACCAAAUCGUUGCUGGUUUCUGCGUCGCUUUGCGAUGCCCAGGCGAAGAUCCUGCGCCAUUGCAUAUCGACUCCAAAGCGGUUGGAACGGUCGCGAAAGAUAUCCGAUCUGCCCCAGCCCUGUCUGGGGGAGUUAAGUUUCGGCAUCGCCCUGGACGGUAUACUGGUUGUGGAUGGACCGAUGUCACUGGAAAAGCUUAGCCUCGCUAUGACUACGACCAAGGUGAUCCUGCACGGUGGUUUGUACGAGUUUAUCAAAGAUACGCAGACCCAGAAGCGUCGGCAUCAGCUGUUCCUACGACAACACGGAGUCCCGGAACAUGAGCACGAACCGCCGGACAGUUCCUUUGGACCGUACGAAGAGGAAGAAUGUUCCCUGUACGAACAGUAUCAACGGUUGGCGCCAGUUAUACCGAAAAACUUUUUCGUCAAAAUUGAAAACACCACCAUCAGUGCGGUGCGCGAGAACUCGUCGAAUGAUUUCUCUGCCACGCUGCAAAAAUUCGCCGUGUCGAGCAAAUUUAGCACUCCAACGGCGACGAUCAACUCCGACGAGUAUCAGCUACCGUUGGUAUAUGUGGGCAUGCAGUUGCAACAGCUCGAAAUCGACACGAUGCACGAGAAGCUACUGUUUCUGCAGCAGUUUAGCGUAGAUUCGAAGCUGGAGGGAAGUUUGGUGAACAUCUACUCGAAGCUUUCAUCGUUUGUGCUGAUCUACAACCAUCGCGAGAUUUAUGGAUGGAUUAGCAAGAACUUCUUCUCCGGUGAUCGUACCACACGGCAGCUAAAUCCGAAAAGUUUGAAACUUUCCGGACUGGCGACGCACUGUAAAACGCGCCGAUCGGCUGCUAGUGGUAAUUCGAAGAUGCUGGAAGACUUCCUGAAGCGUUGCGUCAUCAAGGGAUGUGCCGAGCUGUGGGAUGUGACGGCGGUGUUUCGGUUCGGCCCGUCGCAAGUUUCCUCCAUAUGCUGCAAUCAUGCGAAACUGCUGCUGGAACAGUUUGCCGAAAGGCGAAGCAAGGUGUACGAGAGCCGAAUGUUGAACUUGCUGCUCGAUCGUCGGCACUGGAGUGCGGAGCUGUUGAUCGAAUCGGUUUGGUGGUCACUUAGCUCGAACAUUUCACACAAAGACAAUGCUCAGAGCUUGAAGAAGGGUCACAUAAGAGGUAGUCCUUUUUACGUGGCGAUGAGCCUUUGUAAGCUGAGCAGUUAUGGCGAUACGACAAAGCUGGACCUUUCGGUGCACACCUUUCGAGUGGAGUAUAGUCCAACGCUGGCGGAUUAUUUGGUGCAUGCGAAACGCUGUCUAGAUCAGUACCGUUCCAGCAACACGAUAACUGGAAGCCACACACGACCUCCAGUAGGCCGAGAUCCAUCACUUCCGGCGGGUAGAGAUCGUCGAGGAUCACUAACUACCGUUGCUGAUUUGUUGGUUAGCGCACGUGUAACGGACAUUUCGGGAUUUUUCUUCAACCAGCACGAAACAUGCAUGCUAGCAAACUUGAACGAGCUAACGGUGGGCAAGAUGGCGCAGAAAAAUUUUAUCCGCUUCGACAGCUUCCAGAUGGAGAUACUGGACUUCCGGCACAUUACCGGCUGUGAGUAUGGUUCGGCCGAACUGCAGAACGUGUUUGCCAACGUGAAGGGUGUACGGGUUGAGCAUGUGGAUGUGGGUGGUGUACCGAAGGUGUGCGUGUGGUUGCUGGAAGAUGCGAUCGUCAUGUGGAACACCAAUCUGCACAUGCACAUCGUAACGCUGUUGCAGGAGAUGGGACAGUUGAAGGAUAGCUUGACCAAACCCAAACCACUACCCGAACCACCGUUGGAUUUACCUAACCCGAUUGAGCCGGAACGGGCAGGUGAACCGAGCAGAAGAUCGCUAUUUCGCUCAAUGAUUCUCGAACUUUACGCGGAAGGAAGCGUAGAGCUGGGCAUAAAGAUAAGCGAACGGCACUCGAUGCAGGUGUUUGGGGAGAAUGCGCUCGUACAUCGGAAGGGCCAGUGGAUGCUGUCGAUUGAAAACAUUGUGAUAAAGAUCGAUGAUCAGCACAUAUUCACCAUUAAGGAUAUGGUGAUGGAAUCGCUCGAGCGGGUCGAGUUGCUGUGCUUGGAGCGUCAAAAUUACGAGCAUUUCCAGCUGGACUCUAACCGUGUUUGGGCGACAACGAUUGGUGGUGUGAAGGUAAUCUUCCCGUACGAGCAUGAUUUUUACGGAGCAAUUGUGAAUGAGUUCGUGUCGAUCUACAAGUGGCUGAAGGUGGUACACAACUACAAGAAGAAGCCGUUCACUAUCGAUAGUCCGCUACCGAGCGACAUGAUAAUACAGAUCAAAGAGUUUUUGCUCGAGAUGAGCGACGACCCGUUCGAGGUGAAGCUACGUGAUAACUACGUACUGCUGCUCGACGAGUACCACGAAAGCGUCAAGCGGAAGGAACUGUUCGAUCAGAAGAUUGCCCAGCUGUGCUCGGAACGAUUAAUGCUUCCGCCCGGUACGCUCGAGGAGCUGAACGCAAACCUCAUAAAGAAAAACUCGGAAAUCUACAUACAGCGAUCGAAGAAAAUCUCCGAAUCUGGUCCGCCGCGUACACGUCUUAUCGCCUGGAUAAUGACUGAUUUAGAAAUUAUGGCUAUGGCCGACCCAUCACUGCACGGGGGUGAGAAUGCGGUACGCUGGCUACGCAUGCUCGAUCCGGAAAGUCCGUGGCCAGACGAGGGUAUCGAGUUUGUGACACUGUUUGUGCGUGCUGUCAAUAUUGGCUGUAGUGAGUGGAAGUUUAUGUUGCGCGACUACCCACAGCCAAUGUUUCACGUGAAAGCAAUGCACCUGUUCGGGACGCUGGCCGGUGCGGAGAUGGCACCACCGAGGCGUGCCAAGCGAGAUGUGGAAAUUGAACUGGGUGAACCAUUCGGAACGCACACGGUACAGCGUAGCAUGACGUCGAUCAAGUUUUACCAUGAUUUCAAUUGGGAGUUGGACUAUCUGGCGUACGCAUUCGGACCUUGCUGGGAACCGGUGAUGGCACAGUGCAAUUUGAUGAUGGAGAAAAUUUCUGCCCCUUCACGUGAUCCAAGCCCACCGCUUCCGUUUUGGGAUAAGAUGCGGCUUCUGAUGCACGGUCAGCUAUCGAUCAUUGCUAAGCAGUUUACGAUUCUGUUGCAUGCCUCGCUUGAUCCGUACAACACGACGGAAGAGAUGGAACUGACGUGGAAUAACUGUGGGAUAAUGUAUUCGAAUGCGCGGCUCAUGUUCAAGGGUGAUCUGAAUAUUUACGUGCGAACAGCAUCGAGAUAUGAUGAUUGCAGAUUGCUGCAUCUGCCGAACCUAAAGCUAACGUUCAAGCUGAACUGGGUGUGCUUGGCGAAUCCGAACGACCACCAUGCGGUUGUUCCAUGCGCACCGGAUAAGCUGCCCGAAUACAGCAGCAAUCAGGUGCACGAUUCUUUUCGUGCGUUUCGUUCGCAACACCUAAACAUAUGGGUAUCGUUUGAAAUUAAGCAAAACGCAGUGUCGGACUAUGAUAUCCCCAAUCUGGUCCUGUACGGCAGCACGCUCCGGUGGUUUGAAAGCUUAAAGUUAAUCCUGUCCGGCGUUACGCGUCCGACACGUCGCGGACCUGUAUUUAACAAUGUGCGACCAAGAAAGAAGCAACUGAGCCGUCAUUAUCGCAAGGCUAAUCUGCAGAUGAGCUUGCAUCGGUUUCAGAUAUUCUACUGGAUGUCACACGCACUGAAUCGUGGUUUUCAGCUGAGUGGAGGAAGGAUAACGUUCAGCUCGGAACACACACUCACCCUGAUGCCUAUCGACGACGGAUUGAUCCAUCGACCUCGUGCCGACUGGUCGGUGAUGUACAUGAACUGUGAGCUGAAUGAUGCCGAGAUUUGGUUACGCACCACACAGAUCAGCAACGAGCAGCAGCAGCAGCAGCAACAACAUCGUACCGAUACCAGCUCGGAAAAUCUUUCGAACGCAAGUGGCGACAUCUACCGGUAUUACUUCCUUAGUGUUGCAAGAGUUUCGUACGGCCGCGAGGCACUACUUUCCACUAAUGGUAACGAGCGUGAAAAGGACACUCCAACGCAUAAGCUUGUGGUGUACGAUCUGAAGGGUGCUUGGACGAAAGAUAAUAGAGAUGUGGCGUUCGCGCUGUUUGAUUCGCUUGUCAAGAGUCAGAAGCUGAAGAAUAACCUCGCCACGGAAGCGCUCAAGUGUUUCCGAAAGGAAGGGGGUACUGGUACGACAGGUACCAGCGGUGGUUCUGCAGGAGGAACGGGUAGUGUAUCGACGACCGGUAGUACCGAUCAUGGAACGCCUUUCAAAUCGCGUAGUGCCGGGCAGGAUCUGCAUCAUGGUAGUGGUGGUGUUGCCGGCACAACGAGCAGUGGAGGUCACUUGAGUGCGAAGGGAAAAGCACAACAGUCCAGUGAUAGUAUGGCGAUGUUGCAGCAGCUGAUACAGGAAGCGGACCACAAACCGUUGGUGUACAGUGACGAUCAGUCGGCGCAGACGAGACAGCAGCAGUUGAAGGGUCUACAGGCUUACCAGGAAGGUGAUGUGCUGCACUACAAUUGGGCAAUUUCUCUGGUCAAUUCGCAGGUGUUGCUUAAAGGCUGUGAAACGUCCGGCUAUGUGAUACUGAGUGCAGCUAAGGCGGAGAUCUUGCAGCGUGUACAUCGUCCGGUGUGGCGCGAUCAUACGAUCGUGUCAAAAACGACCUGGGUUGGAUCGCUGGAGUGCAUGCAGUACUAUGCGACGGUCAGCGCGAACGAGGGUGACUCCCACGAGAUGGCCGAAAUUAUGUGGCUCACGGUGGACAACAUCCAGGAGAAGGAUCGGGAUGCGCCGGUAAUCAUCAGCGAACUGCCCGAUCUACCGCAUCUCGUCGGUAGUGGGCAGAGCGUUGGUGGAGUCGUGUCCGAAACGGUGGGUGUGCUUGGCGAGAGUAGCUACACCAGCGGGCAGAAACCACCGAUCCAGUUGCAACGGAUCGUGUCGCGGUGUAAGUGUGAAUUUUUCUACGUCAGCUACGGUGACACGAGCAUCGAUCCGGGCACGAUCAGUGAGGUCCCACCGCCACCGGUCGAAGAAUCAAUGAGCCCGUGGGAAAAUCAGGACGAACCAGUCGAUGCUUUUACGCUGAUGCAUCACGAUCUGGACGUGUGCACCAACUCGCUCCAGUACGCGAUGAUCCUGGACAUCGUCAACAAUCUGCUGCUGUAUGUGGAGCCUCAGCGCAAGGAAGCGCUGGAACAGCUCGCUCGGAUGCGGUUUCAGCUACAGCUAUACAGUAGCGAAGAUCAGAAGCGACCGAUCCAACAUCUACAGACGGAAAUUCGCAGCUUGAUGUCACGCAUCCGAUGUCUGGAGAAGGAUAUACAUUUCAUCACGAAAGCACGGCUUGAGGAGGGUGACUCGGAGGAGUUGCAAGAGGAGUUUGAGCACGUGCACAAUGCUAUCCUGGACUGCAAAGAGUUGCUGACGACGAAAAGUGACGAGCUGGAUAUGAUGCUGUCGUGCUACAAUGAAGCACAGCUGUCCGCGUCCAACCGGCUGGCAACGUUCCGCAAGGACAAACCGGUAACGAUUGUACGGGCGAACGAAAUCUGCUUCAAGCAUGCCCAGUGGCGUUUAACGGAAGCGGACGGACAGAUCGGUAUCGCCGAUCUGAUCCUGAGCAACUUCCUGUAUACGAAAAACUCCAAAAGCGACGACUCGGUGGAUCAUCUGCUGGAGUUGGGCUACAUUAGGAUAAGCAAUUUGAUCCCUCGCGACAGCUAUACUGAGGUGCUUUGUCCGACCGAAAUUCAGCGUGACAUGCCGGUAGAGCAUAAGCGUGUGUUGCGAGUGUUUUGUCGCGAAAAACCACCGGUCGGUGGGAUUUCGGUGAAGGAACACUUUGAGAUUAACGUCGUACCGAUUACGAUACAAAUAUCGAAAAAGUUUUACAACACGAUGCUGAAGUUCUGUUUCCCGGAUCGGGAUGAAGCGGAUGCGGUGGACGAACUGGAGGCGAGCGGUGAGGGCAGUGGAUCGCUUGCCGGUGCAAGCGGUACGGGAUCUUCCGGUGCUGUGAAGGGUGGCAUUAGAAAAACAAACUCUUCUCUGCUGGCUAGUGGCAGUGGCGGUGGUGGUGGUGGAGGUAAUGCUAGUGGUGGAGGUGGUGUUGGUAGUGCUUCCGCUUCCUCGAGCAGCUCCAUUUCGACGACCGGUGGUGGAUCGAAGGCUUCCUCCAGUGGCGGUGGCAAAAAAGCUUCCAAGGACAGUACCUUCUUCGUGCGCAUUCAGGACGAUGUGGAAAAGAUGAAGGAACGGGCCGAGAAGAACAAGCUGUUUAUUUACAUCAAGAUACCGGAGGUACCGGUGAAGGUGAGCUACAAGGGAAAUAAGGAGAAGAACUUUGAAGACAUCACGGAUCUGGCACUGCUUAUACCGACGCUCGAGUAUCAUAACGUUACGUGGACGUGGCUGGAUCUGCUGCUCGCAAUGAAAUCGGAUAGUCGGCGAGUCCUUUUAUCACAGGCAAUUAAACAAAAGCUGAAGCUGAAGAAAGCACUCGUUGACGAGCAACCAUCACCACAGGAAGAAGAUAAAGCAAAGAUGCUGUUCGGCAAUCGACAUGCGCGUGCACGGAAUAAGCCGGAGAACAAAAGCCUUCGGAAGGGUGUGUUUAAGUUCUCCAAGUCAUAA